GCACAUAGGCUCAGAAGGACCAGCGACCUGCUGCCCGACACGCCGUGAGGACGAAGAGCGAGAUACGCCUCAGCAGCCGCAGAGAUGUAACCGAGCCGGGCUCGGGCAUGUUCAGCUGGACGGCGCGGUGCUCAGAGAAUGCCACAGCAAGUGAACGCAUCGUCGGCUUAGGAGUUGAACAUCGUCCAUCAACAGCAAGCAUGCCGCCUCCUGCUCACAGCCUUCAAUCCAGCGGGCUGAGUCUGUCUGAAACCAGCAUGGGUUCAUUUAAGAGGAGAAAGAGGAAAUCUAUAAUUGUGACGGUGAUGCUGCUCAUUGUAUCUGUGCUCAUUCUCAUCUUCGGCCUGGCGGCGACCACCAGGACGCAGAACAUCACAGUUGGAGGCUAUUACCCAGGAGCUAUUCUGGGCUUUGGUUCCUUUCUGGGAUUCAUUGGUGCUCAUUUGAUAGAGAACAAGAGGCAAAUGUUGGUAGCAUCUAUUGUCUUUAUCAGUUUCGGAGUGGUGGCUGCCUUCUGCUGCGCAAUCGUUGAUGGAGUUUUUGCAGCGAGGCACAUUGACCUCAGGCCUCUGUAUGCUGGUCGUUGUGAAUAUCACUCCAAUGAGACUACGUCUGAACAUGUUGUGAUGUGCCAUUCAUCCUGCAACCUGCGUGUGAAGAACAACACCUGUUACUGCUGCGAACUCUAUAACUGCGGGAGAGAACAUCCACUUAUGGGACUUCAGAAUAAAGAUGUGUUGAAAAAGUUUAGGAAAUCAUCCAUGAUUUGGAAAGCCGAGGUGAUGGGAGGCUACCAUGAAUACACAGAUGUGAAGAGCUGCCAGGAUGUGGUGCACCUCUACCACCUGUUGUGGUCUGCUACCAUCCUCAACAUCGUGGCCCUCUUUCUGGGCAUCAUUACUGCUGCUGUCCUGGGAGGCUUCAAGGACAUGACACCUUCCCCUGCCUCAGAGACUGCCUCUGAACCAGAGGCUGCAGCUGCUCCGGUCCGCUCUGAGCCUCCUCCACCCACCACUUCCCUCAACUCGUACCACAACGCUGCUCCCUGCCUGCCGCCUUACACUGCCUACGACCUGCAGGGCUCCUACAUGUUCCCCGAUUCCUCAGGCUUAUCGGAUGACUCCCAGUCUGGAGCCAGCCAUCUAUGGCCCACGAUGAUCCCCCCGCGCUACUCCCCUCCUCAUGAACACCCUGAUGAGAAGCCCCCACCGUACAGCCCGUAAGAACAGCAAACACCUGGGACGUUUUCAGGUGUAAGGCGCUGAGCGAGCAGCUCGGUCUCUGAGCUCUUCUUCACAAUCAUUCAGGACGGUGUUGAAGAAAAGGAGAUGAGGAAGAGGAUGGCUGCAGGGCAGGCUAACACAGACCAGAUGAGAGAGCGAGCGUGUUCUGGGCAUCACUCUCAUUCUGGUCUGCUGUGUGUGUGUGAACAAUCGCACCAGGAGAGACACGACCGGCUCAGUACCAGGACUGUUUACACAUCUAUCCGCCUUAAUGCAUCACUCCGUCACUUCAAAUUAUUCUGUCCACAAAUUCCCCUCCUGCUCAUACUGUAGGUCCACGUCUUUAAUAAAAUCUGCAAAUGUUUCCUACCUAUAAUGGGAACAGAAGACACUUUCCUCACUGUGACUAUGUGAACGGAGACUCACCAGUCUUGCCUGAUAUUAAUGUUAGAGAAAAGCUUGUGUCUUUGCCAGAUCAUUUCAAAAAGUCUAAACUUUACCUCCAACCAGUCAUUUCUUCAGCAGCAAAUAGUUGCAGAACAUUAUCAAAUGCAAUUAGCUGUAAAGAUGUACAGCAGUAUAUUAUACAAUUACUACAGUUAGGUCUAUUAUUACUUCUCCGAGGUGAGCAGAGCAGCAUCCAGAAGUUUUGUACCUACAGUAGUUGCAGAGGAGAUACAGUCAAGACUUUGAAUACUAUUUAUUUCCACUGAAAACUGCACAGCCAGUAGUCGUGUGCGUCUCACAUUGUCAGCUGUAAUAAUAUCAAAAACACAAACUGAAACGUGUUCACUUUGCAAGGAAGAAGAAAGUAAAACCUCAUCGGUGUCCAUGAAAACGGCUCGUCUUUAGUCACUGCUGGUUAUAAUUUCAGCACCACUUUCUCUUGAACCCACCAGGAUUGAUGAUGCUUUGACGUUUCACUUUGGCCUGAUCGUUUUAGCACGGGAUGUGAAAGUGUUGAGAUUCCAUUAAAAUUUGUAAAGAUGAUACACAACCGCCUGAUGGUUUGUAUUACAUUUAGAG